CUCAAACAAUGUCAACAACCAUCCCCGUUUGUUUGUAUGAUGGGAUUCUUGAGUGCAGUUGUACCCAAUGCCAUAUUCUUGAUUGGUAUGUCCUCGGAAUUAUACAUGGUGCGAUAAAUUUAUCGAUAUUACAUAAACCCACAAGUCGGGACUAGGUCAGUUCGUUCUCGAGUCUCAUGUUCUAAACUGGUGGAUAGCGUUGACUAGAAAUGUUUUCGAAAACGCAAAACCUGCUUCAUAUCCCCAAGCAGUUGAGGAACUAUGCAACAAGAACCAAAAUCCAGGUGCAAAAGCCGAUUGUGGAAAUAGACGGCGAUGAAAUGACUAGAGUUAUCUUCGAUUGCAUCAAGAAAAAACUAAUAUUUCCAUUUGUCGAAGUGGAGAGGGAUUACUUUGAUUGUAGCUUGACAAAUAGAAAUAACACAGAGAAUCAAGUAUCGAAAAAUGCUGCUGCCGCCAUUCUGAAACAUAAUGUAGGCAUCAAAUGUUCAACGAUUACACCUGAUCGUGAACAUAUUAAAGAAUAUAACUUAACCAGCCUAUGGCCAAGUCCCAACGGGUUGCUCCGGAAUGCGCUAAAUGGUACACAAUUCAGAGAAUCCGUGAUUUGCAAAAAUGUGAACAAAUAUGUGCCUGGUUGGAAAGAACCCAUAGUUAUGGCAAGGCAUCCAUUUGGAGAUCAGUAUGGUGGAACCAAUAUUUUUGUUCCUUCUGGCAAUAAGUUGUCCAUCCGCCUGGAAUCGCCAGAUUCUGAGAAAAACAUCGAUGUCUUCUCGUUCAAAGGAAAUGGGGUAGCUAUGAUGACUUUCAAUACGGAAGAUAGCAUAAGGGCAUUUGCGACUUCCUGUUUCAGGAUGGCUUUAGAAAGGAAAUAUCCCUUGUAUUUCGCAUCGAAAAAUACCCUCUUGAAGGAAUACGACAAACUGUUCAAUGAUGUAUUCCAAGAUGUUUAUGAUAAGCAGUAUAAGAAAAAAUUCGAAGAGGCAGGUUUAUCGUUCGAAAUACGCCUGAUAGAUGAUAUGGCAGCACAAGCAAUGAAAUCCAAAGGUGGUUUUGUAUGGGCAUUGAAGAGCUAUGAUGGAGAUGUACUUUCCGAUGUUGUUGGACAAGGAUUUGGUUCUAUGGGACUUAUGAUACACAGUAUAAUUUCACAUGAUGGUAAAACGGUAUUAACAGAACCAGCCCAUGGUACAGUCACAAGACAUUACAGGAAAUAUCAGAAAGGAAAAAAGGUAUCAACUAACCCCAUAUCUUCAAUAUUUGCCUGGUCCAGGGGUUUGAGGCACAGAGCUUUAUUGGAUAGCCAUGAUGAACUAAUGAACUUUACGAAGAGUUUAGAGACUUCAACGAUUUCAACUGUAGAAAAAGGAUGGUACACAAAAGAUUUAGCACCUUGUAUUAAGGGUGAAGAUUUUUCUGAUUCAGACUACUUAUCCACUCAUGAAUUCAUUGAUGCUGUUGCAGCUCAUUUGAUAGAAAAUAAAUAAAAGGCAUUUCUAUACAU